UAUAUUUUACAUUUCUACUCAAUCUCACAUUGAGCCUUUAUAUAAAUUAUGUUGUCACAGUCCCUUACAUGGUAAUAUGUUAAUUUACUCCCUUUAUAGGAUGAAGAAUUCCAUUUGGAUCAAAUGCAACAUUAUCUAGACUCAGAUUUUGCUUAUUGGAAUCCCAAAUUGACAACUCCACCUAUGCUAUACUUUCUUAAUUACCCCUUUAUUGUGUUACUCUCCAAACUGGGUUUCAGCACACUCAUAGCCUGCAGAAUAAUCAACACGUAUAUAUUAUAUUUAAUUAUAGUUUUAUAUAUCCCUCUAUUACAUUUUUAGUUUUAUCGAAAUCCUUUUAAAAUACACAAAAGGCAUUAUUAUUUUCAAUUCUCCCAACAAUUUAUUUUUAUAACUUUCUGUUUUACACAGAUACCUUAUCAAUCACAUUGUUAUCCUUAUCUUUUCAAUUAUUGCAGUCAAAGUAUUAUUUCAUCUCUUCAAUUGUAAGUAUGAUCUAUUUAUUCUUAGUUUUCAUUAUGUUCCGUGAUGAGUAGAUAAACCAACAUACUAUGGAUAAUUUACAUUUGCAUAAAGGAUUACCUGGAUCAAAACUAAGCCAAGUUAUAAUUCAAAGAUCCCAGAUUAUGUAUUUAUUUAGUAUCCAAUUUAGCUAUUCUAUUUCAUGUCAAUGCUUUGCUCAACAUGAUUUUAAGUGACAUAAAAGGCAUUGUAAGAAAAUACAAAUAUCACAUAUUCAUUUUAAUCCUAUUCAUUGGAUUCCUAUAUACAAAUGGGGGAGUUGUGUUGGGAGAUAAAGAUAACCAUAAACUAGUUUUCCAUGCUGCUCAAAUCAUGUAUUUUUUACCAGUUCUGUUCAUCUAUUUUCCAAUAAACUGGAAUACACUAUUACAAUACACUUAAUUAUCCAUUAAGAGAUUACUCUUAUCUAGAAAUGCCAAAUUCACUUAUUUGGUUAUUCUGAUAAUAUGUUUGGAGAUCGUUCAUGAUUGGACCUACAUCCAUCCAUUUAUUUUAAGUGAUAAUCGCCAUUAUGUGUUCUAUAUUUGGAGGAAGAUCCUCUCAAAAGAGUUCUAUCGUUACGGCUUGUGCUUCAUUUAUGCUUUGAUCAUUGUGAUUCUCAGCAGGAUUUUAAUCAGUAAUUAAGUAAUACUAAUUUAAUAGUUCGUAAAGAAUAGACUUUCUAAUUAAUUUUACUAUUCAUAUUCACAUUGUUGUCUCUCAUAUUCAGUCCUUUAAUCGAGCCAAGAUAUUUCAGCAUUCCCUUAUUGUUCUUCUAUUACCAUUGUUAAUUUGCAGAACAAACUCUGAAAAAACAAAUCACUGUCUUUACUCUAAUAAAUUGCAUAAUCGUUUAUGUGUUUUGCGAAGUUAAGUUUUCUUGCGAUUUCCCUCAAUGUAGAUUUAUGUUUUGA